AUGCCACAGCGAGUGCUGCGACAGUUUGGGAUUGUCCAACCGUAUAUCCCGCUUGUCGACCGGUUCCACGGAACUGAUUUUACGAAACAGGAUCGCCGUGGCAAAGCAGGUCGGAACUGGGUUGAGUGGCACGCCAAGCAUAUACAAGAUUGGCAUAAUAGGCACGACACGGUGUAUGUUGAUUUGGAGUACUCAUUCGAGCCUGUUGCUACUGAUGAGUACAUGGAUUGGUUUCGCCGGAUAACCGUGGUGUACCUAACAAAACCCGGCGUGCAUGCUCCUGAGGGCUUCCAUGAAACGGCGGCCUCUCAUCACUACGCGGUGGAUACCCUUCACAAAAUACGCCACUUUCUUAGGGAGCAAGACAUGUCAGGACGGCCGGAUUUAUUCACCAUUUCGAGGAUGGUUGAACAUGGCCUCCAGAUAUGUGGGGAAGCUGAGACGAUGGACUACCGUCCUUCCCAGCGCUCUGAGAUGGACAUCGAGGUGCCCGUGCGGCAAAAAGCGAAGCGGCGUGGAAAGAAGAAAGUUGGUGGACAGUCGUCAUCAUCAAGGAUGGAUACUCAAUUGGUUGAUGAUUCUGAUGACGAUUUUGAGGCUCCUCCUCCACCAAGAUCUGCCGUGCGGGGUCGUCACUCUGUCAGCCACACGGGUGGUACAGGAGAAGAUAUCGGUCUCAGCGAUCAACAAUCUCCACCUCGGUCUUCUGUGAGAGACGACUUUUUUGAUGUUGAUUUAGAGAAUGCUGUCGUUGAAGAUACUCCUCCGUCCAGAAUCCCUAAGACCAGUAUCGGGAAGGGAAUCCGUAGUCUGUUUAUGCGGAAAAGGCGAGACGAGUGAUUUUUAUUGGUGUUGGUUGUAAUUUGAUACAUUCUAUAUAAAUUGGUGUUUUUUUAUUGAUUUGACCGCUUCAUAUUAGUAAUUUGAUAUAUUCUAUUGAUAUUGGUGGUUUUCAUUGAUUUCCCGUAUUUAUAUUGUAAGUUGAUAAAUGCGCGGU